CGGGACCAAAUGGAAGAUAAAUGUGGCCAGAAGCUAUUCAAAAUACUCCAAAAGCUGCACAGAGUUAGAGCGGGCUGGAGGGGGAUAAUGCUGAGCCUCAGUAAAGUUAAGCUUUGGGCGACAUCCCACAGCUGGCAUGACUCAGCAGUGUGCACUAAGGUUUAGAGAUAAUUCAGACAUACAAAGGUCAUGAAGAUCCAGGCCUAGACACGGGUCACGGGGAGACCUGAGCCCAUGAAACCCUACCAUGGUCCUUGACUCUCACAACUUUCUUCCCACAGAUUCCCACAUCUACCGACGGGCUUCAGGUCUGUACACAGGGCUGUGUGACCUUUGAGGACGUGGCUGUCUACUUCUCCCGGGCAGAGUGGGAGUUCCUGGACGAUGCUCAGAGGCUACUGUAUCUCGAUGUGAUGCUGGAGAACUUUGCGCUCAUAACCUCCCUGGUUGGUUGGCCUGAAGCAGAGGCCGAAGAAACAGCCUGCAUGCAGAGCAUUUCACCAGCUCAAACACCACAGCUCAGGACUCCGAAGGAGGGUGUGCCCAUGCAGAUGCCUCAUCCGUCUGACACCUGUAUCAUAGUCCUGAAAGACAUCUUGCGUCUGAAUGAGCUCCCUGGCCAGAAACCAUUUUUGACUGAGGUGUGUACAAACCUCCUGGACCAGAAGCAUCGCAGAGCCAAGAACUGGUUAAAGAGAGACGUGGACGCCCUUGUGAAGAGCUAUAUGUUCCAUGUCCCGGGGAAUCCUUUCAUCUGUGGAGAGAACUUCCCAGCUAUAUGGAAUCUUCUUCAACCCAAGGCCGUUCCCAGGGGUAAGAAACCAAACAAAACGAAGCACGGAAAGGCUUUUCACCGUGAGAAAAAUAAUUCCAAGUCGGAUAAGUAUAAGAACUCUCCCAGCCGCCAACGCAGGCUUCUAGAGUAUCCAAGAGUUUGCAGUGAAAGGGAGGGGCUUGAAUCUGGCGCUUGUGACCACGGCUUAAACAAGGACUCGCGUGUGCCAUCCCAGCCAGACCAGACUGGUGUCAGACCAUAUGAGUGUCAGGACUGUGGGAAAAUGUUCGGCCAAAAAGCCACACUUAGGAUCCACCAGAGACGUCACACUGGAGAAAAACCGUACAAGUGUGGCGAAUGCGGCAAAUCGUUUUGUCAAAGCUCCAACCUCAGUGAACACUGCAGGGUUCACAGUGGAGAGAGGCCCUAUGAGUGUGGGGAGUGUGGGAAGGCCUUUGGGUGCCACUCGAGUCUUCAUCGGCACCAGAGAACGCACACCGGGGAAUGGCCGUAUGAGUGUGGCGACUGUGGAAGACUGUUUAGACAAAUCGUCAGCCUGACCACGCACCAGAGGACUCACACUGCCGAAAGGCCUUACGAGUGUGGCCAGUGUGAAAAGUCUUUCAGUCACAGAGCCACUCUGACCGUACAUCAGAGAGUUCACACUGGGGAAAAACCCUACAGCUGUGGAGAAUGUGGGAAAUCCUUCAGCCAAAGCGCCAACCUCAUUAAACACUCCAAAAUUCACACUGGGGAAAAGCCUUACGAGUGUGGCGAAUGUGGUCUGUCCUUUCGUCAGAGAGCCACCCUCAUGAAGCACCAGAGGACCCACACUUCAGAAAGGCCUUAUGAAUGCAGGGAAUGUGGUAAAUUCUUCAAACAAUACUUCUACCUCAUCAAACACCGUAGCAUUCACACCACAACAGAAUUUUACGAGUGCGAACAAUGUGGGAAAUCUUAUACCCAAAAAGCCACCCUCAUCAGACACCAGAGAGUCCACACGGGAGAGAGCCCCUAUAAAUGUGAGGAAUGUGGGAAAGCCUUUGAGUACAAAUCCAGACUUGACCGGCAUCAGAGGACUCACACUGGCGAAAGGCCUUUUCAGUGUGCCAAGUGUGGGAAGUUCUUUAGGGAAAGCUACAAUCUUGCCGAGCACCAGAAAAUUCACACCAAAGCCAAGCCCUACAGCUGCGCUGAGUGUGGCAAGUGUUUCAGCCGGAGAGCUGACUUGGUUAAACACCAGAGAGUCCACACCGGCGAAAGGCCUUACACGUGUGGCGAAUGUGGCAAAACCUUCAGCCGCACCACCAACCUUGUCCAACACAGAAGAAUCCACACGGGGGAACGGCCCUAUGAGUGUGACCAGUGUGGGAAAUCUUUUAACCAGGUGUCUACGCUCGCUCGGCAUCAGUUGCUUCACACUGGGGAGAGACCUUACAGAUGUAGCAAAUGAGGGAAAGGCUGAACGGCCCUCUGGCAUCUUCUAACACCAAAAGUGUCAGAGAAUGGAGAAGCCACACAAA